UUCCCGAUGGAUCUUUAUUAAUAAACAGCGUGGUACAUUCUAAGCAUAAUAAACCCGAUGAAGGAUAUUAUCAGUGUGUGGCUAUGGUGGAAGGUCUUGGAACCAUCGUAAGCAGAACAGCAAAGCUCACGGUAGCAGGUCUUCCAAGGUUUGCCAAUCAGCCAGAAUCAUCAUCUGUCUACGCAGGAAAUGGUGCAAUUCUUAACUGUGAAAUCAAUGCUGAUUUGGUCCCCUUUGUAAGAUGGGAGCAAGACCGUCAGCCAGUCCUUUUGGAUGACAGAGUAAUCAAACUCCUGAAUGGAGCUCUCAUUAUCAGCAAUGUUUCAGAGGAGGAUGGAGGACUCUAUCGUUGCGUAGUUGAAAGUGGUGGACCACCUAAGUAUAGUGAUGAGGCAGAGCUGAAAGUCCUUUCAGAUUCCGAGGUUCCAUCCAAACUGAUAUUCCUGAAGCCACCAAUUCCAACCAUCAGAGUUACUGGGCAAAGUGCAAUCUUGCCAUGUGUUGCUUCCGGAUUUCCAACUCCAAUUAUUAGAUGGACUAGAAAUGAGGAGGCUCUUAUCACAGAAGGCUCUGAAAAAUUGGCGCUGCUGGCAGGAGGGAGUCUAGAGAUCAAUGAUAUUGUGGAAGAAGAUGCUGGGAUCUAUACCUGCAUAGCCGAUAAUGGAAAUGAGACAAUUGAGGCUAAAGCAGACCUUACAGUGCAAGUUCCACCGGAAUUCCUGAAGAGGCCUACUAACAUAUAUGCCCAUGAGUCCAUGGAUAUUUUAUUCGAAUGUGAAGUGAAUGGGAAGCCAACUCCAACUGUAAAAUGGGUCAAGAAUGGGGAGAUGGUGAUUCCCAGUGAUUACUUCAAGAUUGUGAAGGAACAUAACCUGCAGGUUUUGGGUCUGGUGAAAUCCGAUGAAGGAUUCUAUCAGUGCAUUGCUGAAAAUGAUGUUGGAAAUGCCCAGGCUGGAGCCCAACUGAUAAUACUUGAUCACGAUGUUGCCAUCCCAACAUUACCUCCCACUUCACUGACCAGUGCCACUACUGACCAUCUAGCACCAGCCACAACUGGACCACUGCCUUCAGCUCCUCGGGAUGUCGUGGCCUCCCUCGUUUCAACUCGUUUCAUCAAAAUGACGUGGCGGACCCCUGCAUCUGAUCCUCAUGGAGACAACCUCACCUACUCAGUGUUUUACGCCAAGGAAGGUGUAAAUAGGGAACGCAUUGAAAAUACUACUCGGCCAGGGGAAAUGCAAGUGACAAUCCAAAAUCUGAUGCCAGAGACGGUCUAUAUCUUCAGAGUAGUGGCUCAAAACAAACAUGGAUCUGGAGAAAGCUCAGCCCCACUAAAGGUUGAAACCCAGCCUGAGGUUCAGCUCCCUGGGCCGGCACCAAACAUUCGAGCAUAUGCUACUUCACCUACCUCAACAACCGUUACAUGGGAAACGCCGUUGUCCGGCAAUGGUGAAAUCCAGAAUUACAAGCUGUAUUACAUGGAGAAAGGGACAGAUAAUGAGCAGGACGUUGAUGUUGGCAGUCGUUCCUACACUAUUAAUGGCUUGAAAAAGUAUACAGAGUACAGUUUCCGUGUGGUGGCCUACAAUAAACACGGUCCAGGAGUCUCCACCGAAGAUGUUGUUGUUCGAACAUUGUCAGAUGUUCCCAGUGCCGCACCACAGAAUCUGACCUUGGAAGUGAGAAACUCCAAGAGUAUCAUGAUUCAGUGGCAGCCCCCUCCUCCAGGGACACACAAUGGUCAAAUUACUGGAUACAAGAUCCGCUACCGGAGAAUCUCUCGCAAGAGUGAUGUUACGGAGAGCAUUGGAGGGACACAACUUUUUCAGUUAAUUGAGGGUCUUGAGCGGGGUACUGAAUACAGCUUCCGAGUGGCUGCCCUAACAGUCAAUGGUACAGGACCUGCCACUGACUGGGUGUCGGGAGAAACCUUUGAAAGUGACCUGGAUGAAAGUCGGGUUCCUGAAGUGCCAAGUUCCCUUCACGUCCGCCCCCUUGUUACUAGUAUUGUAGUGAGCUGGACUCCUCCUGAAAAUCAGAACAUAGUAGUGAGAGGAUAUGCUAUAGGAUAUGGCAUUGGCAGCCCGCAUGCGCAGACAAUAAAAGUGGAUUAUAAGCAACGUUAUUACACCAUUGAAAAUUUAGAUCCAAGCUCCCAUUAUGUCAUAACCCUGAAAGCAUUUAACAAUGUUGGUGAAGGAAUCCCACUCUAUGAAAGUGCAGUGACCAGGCCUCAUACAGAUACUUCUGAAGUUGAUUUAUUUGUUAUUAAUGCUCCAUACACUCCAGUGCCAGAUCCCACCCCCAUGAUGCCACCGGUGGGAGUUCAGGCUUCCAUAUUGAGCCAUGAUACCAUAAGGAUCACAUGGGCGGACAACUCUCUGCCAAAGCACCAGAAGAUCACAGACUCCCGCUACUACACAGUCCGCUGGAAAACUAACAUCCCUGCAAACACCAAGUACAAGACUGCCAAUGCAACCACAUUGAACUACUUAGUGACUGGGUUAAAGCCAAACACUCUCUACGAAUUUUCUGUGAUGGUGACUAAAGGUCGAAGAUCAAGUACGUGGAGUAUGACAGCCCAUGGGACCACCUUUGAACUAGUUCCUACUUCUCCACCAAAAGAUGUGACUGUUGUGAGUAAAGAGGGGAAGCCUAGAACCAUAAUUGUGAACUGGCAACCUCCUUCAGAAGCUAAUGGCAAAAUCACAGGGUACAUCAUUUACUACAGUACAGAUGUGAAUGCUGAAAUUCAUGACUGGGUUAUUGAACCUGUAGUAGGAAACAGACUGACCCACCAAAUCCAAGAGUUAACCCUUGAUACUCCAUACUACUUUAAAAUCCAAGCCCGAAACUCUAAGGGCAUGGGGCCCAUGUCGGAAGCAGUCCAGUUUAGAACGCCUAAAGCUGACUCCUCUGAUAAAAUGCCUAAUGAUCAAGCUUCAGGAUCUCCAGGAAAAGGAAAUCGGCCACCUGAUACAGACUACAAAGCACCAAUGGGCGGUAAUAAUAGCCCCCAUGGGAGUCCCACCUCACCUCUAGAUAGCAAUAUGCUUCUAGUCAUUAUAGUUUCUGUUGGCGUCAUCACUAUUGUGGUGGUCGUGAUUGUGGCUGUCUUCUGUACUCGUCGUACCACCUCUCACCAAAAAAAAAAACGGGCUGCUUGCAAGUCAGUGAAUGGAUCCCAUAAAUACAAAGGAAACUCCAAGGAUGUCAAGCCUCCAGACCUUUGGAUCCAUCAUGAGAGACUGGAGCUAAAACCCAUUGAUAAAUCCCCAGACCCAAACCCCAUCAUGACUGAUACCCCAAUCCCUCGCAACUCCCAGGAUAUCACGCCAGUAGACAAUUCUAUGGACAGCAAUAUCCAUCAAAGACGAAACUCUUACAGAGGGCAUGAAUCAGAGGACAGCAUGUCUACCCUGGCAGGAAGACGAGGAAUGAGACCAAAAAUGAUGAUGCCAUUUGACUCACAGCCUCCCCAGCCCGUGAUUAGUGCUCAUCCCAUCCAUUCACUCGAUAACCCUCACCAUCAUUUCCACUCCAGCAGCCUCGCUUCUCCGACCCGCAGCUAUCUUCAUCAUCAGGUCAACCCCUGGCCUAUUGGCACUUCCAUGUCCCAUUCAGACAGGGCCAAUUCCACAGAAUCAGUUAGAAAUACACCCAGUACAGACACCAUGCCAGCUUCCUCAUCUCAGACGUGUUGUACUGACCAUCAAGAUCCAGAAGGUGCCACAGGAUCCUCUUACUUGGCCAGCUCCCAGGAGGAAGAUUCAGGCCAAAGCCUGCCAACUGCCCAUGUUCGUCCCUCUCACCCUCUGAAGAGUUUUGCUGUGCCAGCAGUGCCACCUUCAAGUUCCACAUAUGACCCUGCAUUACCAAGCACACCGUUACUGUCCCAGCAAGCUCCUAACCAUCAAGUUCACUCAGUGAAGACAGCAUCGAUUGGAACUCUCGGAAGAACCCGGCCUCCUAUGCCAGUGGUAGUUCCCAGUGCUCCUGAGGUGCAAGAAACCACCAGGAUGCUUGAUGAUUCAGAAAGUAGUUACGAACCGGAUGAGCUGACCAAAGAAAUGGCCCACCUGGAAGGACUAAUGAAGGACCUUAAUGCCAUCACGACAGCAUGACAGCCUUCACUGGGGUACGACUCCAAACCCAGUUUCGUAAUAUUGGGACUCGGCCUUGGAAGACAAGGAAUUGUACAGAGUAAGAGAGGACAGCACACGAGAACAAGCAAACCAGCAAGUGCGGUCAUUUGGAUGCUGUUUAAGAAGAUGACCCCCCCUCGUCGUUGUCGUCGUUCUGAAGUGAAGUCAUUGCCAGGUUGAAUUCCAUCUGCCUGCUGAGACCACUUGGGGUCGGAUACACAACGCUGAAAUCUUGUGUCCCAACAAAAGGGAAAAAAGUGGAAUCUGCAUUUUGUUUCUGGUCAGGUUUUUGUCUCAAUGCUGUGACUGCACCACCUUAAUUGAGUGUUGGACAUUGGCAUCUAUGUACAAUUUUUAUUUGUGUUUUUAUUUUAUUUUAUCUUUUUUUUAUAAAAAGGAAAAACUGUGUAAUCUGAAAAAAAAAAAACAAACCAGAAAGUUUGUGUUGUUUUCCACAGCCUGGCCUGACAUUGACUGCUUGUUUCUGUUGUGUAUGGGAAUUCAUUGACAGUGUGGUUUGUUCUGGGUUGGUAUUUUUUGUUUCAUUUUUAUUCUAAGUAAUUUCAUCCUCUCCUAGCAGUUAGUCCAUCAUUUUGGGGUGGGAGGGGGGUGGAGGGGGAGGGAUGUUGCAUUGCUAUUUGUAAGCUUUUUUAUUAUUAUUAUUUUUUUAUUAUAAUUAUUAAAGGCCUGACUUUCUCCUCUCAUCACUGUGAGAUUACAGAUCUAUUUGAUUGAAAUGUAACAUUGAAAGACUUGUC